AUGUCCAUUAGACGUCAGCUUCGACGACAUCAACAAAACCCAAUUGUGCACACUAGGAAUCAAAACGAUUCUUGGAAAGUUCGACCGAUCUAUGGUUUCGAAAAAUAUUUAUUUCCAAAUCAAAAGACGUCUAUCAAACCGAAACGAACUAUUCAUAUAGAUCCAGCGCGAUUUAUUCAUCCUCGUGAUGCUAUGGGUAAUCUUCUUCGUUCCGCAUCUGAAGAAGCUCAACGUACUUUCACACCAUUCUAUUUACCGAAAUAUGAUGCAAUCAAACCACGUUCACCAGCAUGGACUAUAAAAAAUCUGCACAAUAUCAAGACUACUAUCAAUCAAAUGGGUCCGAUGGCAUAUGAUAGUGUCAAUGAUCGAUCACAAUUGUCAUGUAACAGUGGCUGGACACAGAUCGGACGGCACUGA